GGGGCGGGCCCUGGAGUGCUGCGGGUGGUAAUGGCUCCAGGUGUGGCCCGGCGGGCCCGGCGCCGAGUCCGGGGCGCGCCGCCGGCCGGGCCGCGGGGCCGUUCAGCCGAGGACUGGUGGUGGGAUCGGCUGGCGCCGAGCGGCUCCGGGUACCACCUGCUGCAGUCGGACAGCAUGCUGUUGGUGCUGCCCGGCCCGGGGCCCUCCCGCGCCCGCGCGCACAGGCGCGUGGCCCGCCGCCCUCAGCGGCUGCCGCCCCUAGGGACCCGCGCUGCCGCGGCCAAGGCCAGGCCCAGACCCGCGCCCGCACCCGUACCCGCGCCGCCGCAGGCACCCGACCCGGGCUGGGGCGACCGCAUUCCAUUGGAAAUCCUGCUGCAGAUUUUCGGGCUGCUGGUGGCGGUUGAUGGGCCCAUGCCCUUCCUCGGCAGGGCUGCACGCGUGUGCCGCCGCUGGCACGAGGCCGCUUCCCAGCCAGCUCUCUGGCACACCGUGACCCUGUCGCCCCCACUGGCUGGCCGGCCCACCAAAGGCGGGGCCAAAGCUGGCGGGGCCAAGGCCGAAGAGAAGCUCCUUGCUUCCCUGGAAUGCCUGAUGCCCAGCCGGUUCUCACAGCUCCAGAAGCUGACCCUCAUCCACUGGAAGUCCCGGGUACACUCCAUGUUGAAGCUGGUUAGCGAGUCCUGUCCUCAGCUCACCUUCCUCAAGCUUUCCGAUUGCCACGGUGUGACCCCUGACACUCUGAUCAUGCUAGCCAGAGCCUGCCCCCAGCUCCACAGCCUGGACAUACAGCACUCCAUGGUGGAAUCCACAGCCAUGGUGAGCUUCUUGGAGGAGGUGGGGCCGCGAAUGCGCAAGCUGUGGCUGACGUACAGCUCCCAGACAACAGCCAUCUUGGGUGCACUGCUGGGCAGCUGCUGUCCCCAGCUGCAAGUCUUGGAAGUGAGCUCAGGCAUCAACCCCAACAACACCCCCCUCCAGCUGCCUGUAGAGGCCCUGCAGAAAGGAUGUCCCCAGCUGCAGGUGCUGCGGCUGCUGAACCUGAUGUGGCUGCCCAAACCUUCCGGACGCGUGGGGACUCCUGGCCCAGGCUUCCCCAACCUUGAGGAGCUCUGCCUCGCCGGCCCCACCUGCAGCUUCGUGAGCGAUGAGGCCCUGGGCCGCCUGCUCCGCGGUUCCCCUAACCUGCGCCUGCUGGAUCUUCGUGGCUGUGCCCGAAUCACACCUGCUGGCCUACGUGACCUGCCGUGUCAGGAGCUGCAGCAGCUCCAUCUGGGCCUGUAUGGCAUGUCGGACCGGCUGACCCUAGCCAAGGAGGGCAGCCCCUUGUUGACCCACAAGUGGUGCCACACUCUGCGGGAACUGGACUUGAGUGGCCAGGGCUUCAGUGAGAAGGACCUGGAGCAGGCCCUAGCUGUCUUCUCAGGCACCCCUGGCCACUCACAUGCAGCCCUGUGCUCCCUCAACCUCAGGGGUACCCGGGUCACACCCAGCACUGUCAGCUCUGUGAUCAGCAGCUGCCCAGGUCUGCUGUACCUCAACCUGGAGUCCUGCCGCUGCCUUCCCAGGGGCCUGAAGCGCGCCUACCGGGGCCCAGAGGAAGUCCGGUGGUGCCUGGAGCAGCUGCUCACCAGCCUCCCCUCUCCCAACUAGGGAGCCCACCCCAUACCCUUCCCGUUUUGGAUGUUGGAAUGCUUUGUUACAAUAAAAAGU